AUGAAUGAGAUUCCUGCAUCGACAAGUAAAGGCGAACAGAACGCUGUUACCACGUCGAAUUUGACCUCCACUCAGGAGGAACGGUCAAAUAAAGGAGUAGUUUCUAGUAAUAAUUUCUCGAAUACGACAGUCAACACUACAUUAAUGCCUACCGCGUCCGUUCUACUCAAGAAUAAAUCCAGACGAUCCGUACGCAUUAGGGCUUUACUUGACCAAGGAUCACAAGCCUCUUUUGUAACCGAGUCGGUCGUACAACUUCUUGGCGCGGAGCGAAAACGCGUAUCGAUUCAGGUUUCCGGUAUAGGGGGAUCUAAGGCCGGGAGUAGUAAAAGCAUUGCCUCCUUUACAGUGGAGCCGUGUUCUCAGGGAGGUCCUGUCCUACCUUUCAAAGCUUUCGUUUUGCCGAAAGUAACUAAUUAUUUACCUCAACUUACUAUGAUGGAUGAAAUGUGCCGGUACCUGAGCUCUUUAGACCUUGCAGAUUCGGAACUCUCUAAUCAACAGGGUAUCGAUCUGCUUAUAGGAACCGAUUAUUAUGGAGCCGUACUGCGUGACGGGUUAAUCCACGGUCCUUCAGGGGGUCCCAUAGCGCAACUCACCAUCUUCGGCUGGGUUGUAUCAGGGCCAAUCCAAAAUACCUCGCAAACUCUUAAUAACUAUCGCAUAAAUGUUAAUCAUGGCGUCGCUUUAGACUCUUUAGAUGAAUCACUACGUAGUUUUUGGGAACUUGAAGAGGUUCCUUGCGGCAACUUGCUCUCGGAGGAGGACAUUCGGUGUGAGGCACAUUUCGCCAACACACACUCUCGCCUGCCCGACGGACGAUGCGUCCGAUUACCCUUUAAAACAGGCCCUCCAAUUCCCAUUGGUGACACCGAACAGGUAGCCAAACGUAUCUUCAUCUCUAAUGAAGUUAGAGUAUCCCGACAGCUUGACCUAGCUAAGGCUUAUCGCGACUUCAUGAGAGAAUACGAAGACCUUAAUCACAUGAAGAAAGCGCCUUCUUCCGAGACUACCAGACAGAGAGUGUAUUUUCCUCAUCAUGCCACAAUUAAAGAAACUAGCCAAACGACGAAGGUUCGCGUCGUAUUUAAUGCCUCUAAAUGUUCUUCGAAUACUACGUCACUAAAUGACUUUCUAAUGGUCGGCCCUAAAUUACAAGCCAAUCUCUUUGCGGUAAUCUUGAGGUGGCGGAGCCACAGAUAUGUCUACACUACAGACAUCGAAAAGAUGUUUCAUCAAAUUCGUGUUCAUCCCGAAGAUGUCGAAUAUCAGUGUAUCUUCAGGCGAGCUCAUCCCAAUGCAGAACUGAUUGCGUAUUGGUUACUAACGGUGACCUACGGGACUGGUCCGGCCCCUUUUCUAGCCAACCGCUCCGUGAAACAGCUUGCAAAGGAUGAAGGGGAGAAGUUUCCUCUAGCCAUCCCUAUUCUCGAGGAGGAGACAUAUGUAGAUGACAUUAUGUUUGGCGCUAAGGAUCUCAUUCUUCUUAAACAAACGCGUGAUCAGCUAAUUCAGCUCCUCAAGGCGGGUGGUUUUCGUCCGUAUAAAUGGGCUAGUAAUGACCCUCGCUUAUUGCAGGAUAUACCUGAAGCCGACCACGGAUUGGCUGUCGACAAACAUUUAGGUGACGAUUCAAGCUUACGAGUACUAGGUAUUGUGUGGAAUCCUAACACGGACUCAUUCCAGGUCCACACGCAUCUCACUACGGACUUGCAAUUUACCAAGCGUUCAUUCCUCUCCCUACUGUCUCGAGUCUUUGAUCCUCUCCAUUGUACGACGACCCCGAGAGUUUUGACACGUUAA